ACGAUCCGGGCUAACUGCCUGCCGGGGGAACUUGAAAUUUCGAUAAGUUCUCAUGGCAUCUUUUGCUUAGUCGGCUUCCAUGGCGUAUCGCCUAACGGCAGCAGAGUUCAUCUCUUCUGGCUUGACUGUCGAGCAAUAUGCAGUUUCUCUGUUGGAUCGUAUCAAGUCUCGCGACGACGCUGUCCAAGCAUGGGCUUACCUCGAUCCGGAAUACGUUCUCGCUCAAGCUCGCGAGCUAGAUAAGGUCCCGAAAGAGAAGAGGGGACCUUUACAUGGCGCUCCAAUCGGGGUAAAGGAUACUAUGUAUACGAAAGAUAUGCCGACCCAAUACAACUCACCGAUAUACGAGAACCACGCUCCAGUCGUCGAUUCAGGGCCUGUUACAAUCCUCAGGGAUGCUGGGGCACUGAUAUUUGGAAAGACCACAACGGCUGAAUUCGCAGCGGUUUUUACAGGUCCCAAGACGCGUAAUCCUCACGAUCCGAACCGCACGCCAGGUGGUUCAUCAUCCGGAUCUGGGGCAGCAGUGGGUGACUUCCAGGUGCCUAUCGCAUUAGGUACUCAAACAAUCGGAAGUGUCAUCCGACCAGGAUCAUACAACGGGGUCUUCGCCUUCAAACCAACCUGGGGUUCCAUCUCCCGUGAGGGAGUGAAGAUCUCCUCUCUCAUCCUGGACACAAUAGGUUUCUUUGCACGAAGCGUCGCAGACCUUCAGCUCCUGGCAGACGCAUUCAAGUUGUCCGAUGACCGAGAACCGUCUACGUUCGAGCUCAAAGGUGCCAAAGUCGCCGUGUGUAAAACGCACAUAUGGCCUCAAGUUGGCCAGGGAACUGUAAAUGCGCUGGAACAGGCCGCGAAACUUCUUCGGGAACACGGUGCUGAAGUUGAGGAGCUCGAGCUUCCGGAAGAGUUUUCUCAGAUAACCCAGUGGCUGCGCAAUGUCUUGGACGGCGAUGGAGGCAUAAGUUUCCUCCCGGAAUACAAUCUAGCGAAGGAUAAAUUGGACCCAUAUCUUCUUGGUUUUGUUGAAAACAGCACGAAUCUUUCCAAGAGAGAUUACUUGACCGGUCUCGAUGGUAUUGCAUCGCUGAGACCAAAGAUCGACGCGAUUGCAGGAAGAUAUGCUGCUAUCCUGACUCCCAGUGUCCAUGAUGAAGCACCAGAAGGCAUCUCAAACACGGGAAGUGCGGCCUUUUGUGGGAUGUGGACGGCGCUCCAUGUUCCCGUUGUCAAUAUUCCAGGAUUUGCAGGAAGUCAUGGUAUGCCCAUUGGAGUAUCUUUGGUCGCCCCAAGAUAUCGCGAUCGACACCUACUGAAUGUAAGUCAGGUGGUGGGGAAGGCUUUUGCGGCCGAUGGAAGGAAUCCAGUGUCGUAAUAAUAAUAUUAAUGGAGAAGUCUUUUGUCUUUCUCGGUGUGUAGCUGACUUUGAAAGAGGCCAGAAAUGAC